AUGAAGCUGGCGAAGCCGGACCACAAGGUGCUCGCCCAGGAGAAGCAUAAGCAGGAGCUCGUCGAGUCUGGCGAGCUGAGGCGGGUAUGCGAGAACAUUGACGUGGACGGGGACCGCAUGAUCACCUCGGAGGAGUUCGUCGCAGCCUACCAGACGAACAAGAAGCUCAGGGCCCACUUCGCCGUCCUCGGGCUCGACAUUAGCGACGCCAAGGUCUUCUUCGACACGCUUGCUGGCGACGACGACGCGCCGGAAAUCGACAUCGAAGUCUUCAUCAAGCACUGCAUGAGGCUCAAGGGCGCGGCCACGAGCAUCGAUCUGCACCACUUCCAGGUCGAGAACCGCCUCGCCUGCAGGAGGCAGCAGGAGUUCAUCGAGCGUUGCGGCGGCAGGAUCGAGCGCCUCGCCGCCAGGGUGGCCCACCUCGCUGCCGUGCUCCACCGCAGGGAGCAAGGCAGCUCGGCUCGCGACUUCGAGCACGGGCAUCAUCGGAGGCGACGACAGAGGCCAACAGCCAGGGGGGGAGCAACAUAUACACGCAUUCGCCCGGGAGCCUCGCCGAAGGCAUAG